AUGGCUCAGAGACUUACAUACAGACGUCGUUGUUCUUACAACACCCGUUCCAACCGUGUUCGCGCCGUUAAGACCCCCGGUGGAAAGCUCGUUGUCCAAUACGAGAAGAAGCCUGUCAAGGCUCCUCGUUGUGGUGAUUGUGGUGAAGCUCUCGCUGGUGUCAAGGCUCUCCGUCCCCGUGAGUUCGCCACUGUCUCCAAGACUCAAAAGAACGUUAGCCGUGCCUAUGGUGGCUCUCGUUGUGCUCACUGUGUUAGAAACCGUAUUGUCCGUGCUUUCUUGAUUGAAGAACAAAAGAUUGUCAAGAAGGUCCUUAAGGCUCAAAAAUAA